AGUUUUCAGUGUAUUUUUGAGCACAGAAGACCGGACUGAUUCUCAAACUCCGAAAAUCUCAGAUCGGAGAAUGGUUCAGAUAAGGCAAAGAUCUUCGGUCGCAGCAUCAAAUUCCGGCGGAAUCGACGACUCGCCGGAAUUUCUUCCAUCCGAGAAACCCAAAUCUAAAACCUAUGAUGAUUUCUGUUCCACUAACAAGCUCCUUGUGCUCUGCUUGGCAUUUCGAUUCGCAAAUGCGCUUUUAUUGCAGACUUAUUUCAAUCCAGAUGAACACUGGCAAGCCCUUGAAGUUGCCCACCGCAUCGCCUUCGGGUAUGGUCAUCUGACAUGGGAGUGGAAGAGGGGAAUUCGUAGCUACUUCCAUCCUUUGCCGUUUGCUUGUCUUUAUAAAUUACUUGCUAUACUCGGCCUUGAUACUCCAUUGUUCAUGAUUAAAGCUCCGAGGCUGUUGGAAUCCAUAUUCUCUGCAGCUGGUGAUUUUUACUUUUACAAACUCUCCUCUGCCCUCUUUGGUGAUUAUGUUGCAAAAUGGGCUCUGUUUUCCCAGCUCACAAACUGGUUUAUGUUCUUCUGCUUCAAUCGAACUCUAUCGAACAGCUUAGAGACCGUUCUUACACUUGUCAGCUUGUAUUAUUGGCCUUGUAUAAGAGUUGCUCCCACCAGAUCUUCCAAGGUUUCGAGGAAGAUGGCUUUGUUUAUGGCAGCAUUAUCGUGUGCUAUUCGCCCAACUAGUGCGAUUACUUGGCUGUAUGUUGGUAUGCUUGAGCUGUUUUCAGCACGUGAUCGACUAAGGUUUAUUUUCUUAGAGGCUGCUCCUAUUGGGUCGUUGGUUCUUGGGAUUACAUUUCUGUUGGAUAGAUUAAUGUAUGGCUCCUGGGUAUUUGUCCCUCUUAAUUUUCUGAAGUUCAAUGUCCUUUCCUCUGGUGGAGAUUUUUAUGGAACUCACAAAUGGCACUGGUACUUCACCCAGGGCUUUACUGCCAUGCUCUUCAGUUUCAUUCCAUUUUCCAUUUCUGGCAUCAUUUCCUCAAAAAAAUGGAAACUCACAGGUCUUGUCAUCUGGGUUCUAGGAGUUCAUAGUCUACUUGGCCAUAAAGAAUUCAGGUUUGUCCUUCCCAUUCUUCCAAUAGCAUUGAUGUUUUCGGGCUAUUCGUUAGCCGCCCUUAGAUAUCCUGCUUCUCCGAAUGGUAAAAGGGAAAAAUCGCGAGACGUCCACAGUAAAUGUCCUAUGAAAAUGAAGUUGGCUGUAAUAUUUUUGCUGGCUACAAAUAUCCCAAUGGGUUUGUACAUGAGUUUGGUUCAUCAGAGAGGAACAGAGGAUGUAAUGAACCAUCUGGCUAAAGAAGCCGUGUCUGAGAAAGUCAAAAGCAUCCUUUUUCUGAUGCCCUGCCAUUCGACGCCAUACUAUUCGACUCUGCACCGAAACUUACCAAUGCGGUUUCUAGACUGCACACCAAGCGAAGAGAGAGAAAUUCCAGUCGAGUCAGACCGUUUCUUGACGAACCCGCUUGAUUUUGCAUCAGAAUUUGCUAAAAACUGGACGGUCCCGAGUCACAUUGUAUUGUUUGAAUCAGAAGAGAGACCACUGAAGGACUUUCUGAAAUCGCAUUCUUUCAAGGAGGAUAAAAGGUUCUUCCAUGCUCACUUCAAGGUGGACCGUGAUCUUCAAUCUUCAGUGGUUUUAUAUGUCUUAACCAACCAAUGACUGUUUUUCUCAGCCGACUUACCAUUUUUUCUCCAUGAAGAUUGGUUUUAACUAUAGAUGAUGCCUCUUCUUUUUUCCAUAGACAAACUUUGUGAGGAUGUUAGUGAUUUCGAGUUGUACAUUCCUAUGCCACAACCUUUAUUGUUGUUAUAUGGAUCCAAUUCAUGUUGGCCUAGUUACAAACAAAGAAAACAUUACUUUCGUGA